AUGAAACAUACUGACCCUAGCCCAGCGGCCCUGAUGAGAUGGGAACCGAUUAACGAAAGAAUAAUCGUUGCCAGAUUCAGAACACGGGCUAGGAACCUUACAGCAAUCCAAUGCUAUGCGCCAACAGAUGCUGCCGACCUGCAGGAGAAAGAAAGUUUCUACAGUCAGCUGAAGAGUGUGGUUGAGAAAGUAUCGAAGGGGGACAUCCCAAUCUGCUUAGGUGACUUCAAUGCGAAGAUUGUCUCAAACAAUACGGACCUUGAACGCGUCAUGGGACGCCAGGGUUUAGGAGAGAUUAGCGAAAACGGGGAGCUGUUUACAGAAUUCUGUGCGCAUAAGGUCACGUGGGUUUCCCGCUACGGUCGAACAGAAAACCAAAUCGACCACAUCAGCCGAAAAUGGAGAAGGAAUCUUCUUGACAUACGCAACAAGCGCAGCGCCGAUAUUGCAUCCGACCAUCACCUUGUCAUCGCUGAUCUACGCCUGCGCGUCGUUCGCGUUCAACGGCGGGAGGAGAAAGUUGGAUGUCGUUACGACGUCCGUCGGUUGGGGAACUCUGAGAUGAGAAGGGCAUUUGUUGAACAACUUGUAUUACGAACCUCGGAGUUGCCAGCUAGUGGAUCUGUUGAAGAGCUAUGGAGUAGCAUCAAGAACGCCUUUAUCACAACCAGUGAUGAAACCCUCAGCAAAGUACGCAGCACGCAGAGGGAGUGGAUUUCAGAUAAAACCUGGAGGAUGAUCGACGAGCGGAGAGAAGCGAAAGCUGGCAUUGAGCGAGCGCGAACCAGAGCGGCUAAGACAGACGCUCGUCAACGAUACGCCGAGCUGGAGAAGACAGCUAAGAGGGCUUGUAGACGGGACAAGAGAGUUCAUUUCGCUAUCUGGAUAGUGAGUGGAGUACCCUGA